GCGGGGUGGGGGGAGGGGGGAGCGCUGCCCCGCGCGACCUUUCUCCUGCAUCGGCGCGACGCGGCCCCUCCCCCAGCGCGGCAAGAUGGCGGCGCUGAGCAAGUCCAUCCCCCACGGCUGCUACGAGCUGGGGCACACCUGGGAGCCGCGCUGCACCCGCGCCUUCCUGCACAUCACGCACGGGGCCCUGGCGGAGUCCCUGCGCAUCUAUGGCACCCUCUACCUGAUUGCAGCAAUUCUUAGAAAAAGAAAGCUCGACUAUUAUUUGCACAAACUGCUACCUGAAAUCUUGCAGUCAACUUCAUUUCUGACAGCAAAUGGAAGCUUAUAUAUUGCUUUCUUUUGCAUUUUAAGGAGGAUACUUGGAAAAUUCUACUUUUGGACUCCAGGCUUUGGUGCUGCUUUACCAGCUUCCUAUGUAGCUAUUCUCGUUGAAAGGAAAAGCAGGAGAGGUCUGCUUACAAUUUACAUGGCCAAUUUGGCCACAGAGACAUUAUUUCGAAUGGGGGUAGCAAGAGGAGCCAUUACACCUUUAAGGCAUGGAGAAGUCCUUUUGUUCUGCAUCACGGCUGCUCUGUUCAUGUUCUUUUUCAGGUGCAAAGAUGGCUUGAAAGGAUUUACAUAUUCUGCACUUAAGUUCAUUGUAGGAAAAGAAGAAAUUCCCACACAUUCAUUUUCACCAGAAGCAGCAUUUUCAAAAACAGAAAGAAAGUUAAAGCCCUGUGAAGAUGUAUCACGGCAAAUGAAUAUAAUGACUCUGACAAAAAAACUUGUUGACAAAGUGUGCAAACACGGACCAAGGCAUAGAUGCUGUAAACACUUUGAAGAUAACUGCAUCUCAUAUUGCGUUAAAGGCUUCAUUAGAAUGUUUAGUGUUGGAUACCUGAUCCAGUGCUGCCUUCGAAUCCCAUCCGCAUUCAGGCAUCUGUUUACAAAACCUUCCCGGCUGCUUUCGCUCUUCUACAACAAGGAAAACUUCCAGCUUGGCGCUUUUCUAGGAUCUUUUGUCAGUAUAUACAAAGGCACUAGUUGUUUCCUGCGCUGGGUACGAAAUCUGGAUGAUGAGCUUCAUGCACUUAUAGCUGGGUCCCUGGCAGGAGUUUCUAUGAUGUUUUACAAAAGUACUACUAUCUCCAUGUACCUAGCUUCCAAAUUAGUGGAGACCAUGUACUUCAAAGGCAUUGAAGCAGGAAAGGUUCCUUAUUUUCCUCAUGCAGACAGCAUCAUCUAUGCUGUUUCCACAGCUAUCUGCUUUCAGGCAGCUGUGAUGGAAGUUCAAAAUCUAAGACCUUCGUACUGGAAAUUCCUUUUACGGCUGACAAAGGGCAGGUUUGCUCUCAUGAAUAGGAAAGUUUUAGACAUAUUUGAUACUGAAGCAUCUAGACACUUCAAGGAUUUCAUCCCUAGACUUGACCCAAGAUACACUGUUGUCCCACCGGAGUUCCCCAUUGAGCUGUCUUGAACAUUCAAUGUGUUUCAGUGUGAUUGGCCUUUUGUCCUGAAAAGCUAAUUAACAUUCAGAUAGAUGGAGGAGGGCUUGUGCUCCACUUCAGUAUUAUUUCAAUGAGAAAUGCUUUUUUCCAAUCAAAAUACUGAAGCUUUGUAGGAAGAUGCGGCUUAAUAAUUAAGCCUCUUCCAUAGCCAGAAAAUGUUUCUGGAUUGCUAUAGUUGGAUGACAAUAUGGUAGAUUAUUGAUUGAAUUAAAUCAAUGAGUAAUAUAUUUAGAAAAGUAAAAUACACCUAAGAAAUAAAUAUACUUAAUAAUAUUUUCAAAAUUCUUUAGCUCAUUCCAGUAGAAUAUUUCAUGGUAUAACUACGAAUAAUUACAGACUGAGACAGGAACGCUUUUCUCAAACUGUCCGAAUCUGGUGAGCUACGUCACCCGGAUCCAGUUAUAUGCUUAAAAAAAAAUCCAUCUUUCCAUUUACUGAAAAUUUUAAAAGAAACCUUUAGCCCCUGUUCAUUCAAAAUGACAAUAUUUUUUUUGUCAUUCAAAAUGACAAUAUUUUUUUACCCAGAUGUGGCUGCAAAAGAAAGCAUCCCAUCAACAAAAGGGGCACUGGUUAAUUUGUAAGUCAUGCUCCAGGGCUGUAAUGCUAUUGAUGAUGUGGGUGACAAAAGAAAAGGGCAGUUCACAGUGUCUUGUGCUGCUUAGGAAAUGGAAGGGUGUGGUAGUUAGCAUCUGCCAAAUGAAAAAUGGCAAAGCACCAAGGAGAAGGAAUGUCAUGUUUAAACUCUUGGGAGGGUACUGCAAACUGGACAGUUAAAAAAAAAAAAAAAAAAAAAA